GCCCGGGCCGCGCGGAGCCGGCAGCCGGCGCAGAACGGAGCGGGGCCCCGGAGGAGCAGGACGGCCGCCGGACGACCGCUCAGUCUUAGUAGUGUUGUCGUAGUAGUUCCACCCCGCGACCAGGGCGCUCGGUCCGUGACCAGCCGCGGCGCCGACGGUGACCCGCGUCUGUGCGACGAGCAGCAGCCAGUGACCAGGACUCGCCGCAGCGGCAACCAGUGGAUUACGCGUGUGCAAGUGCAGCGAGGACCUCGGCGAGGACUCCCCCGCGGAGUAUGGGAUGCGGCGCCCCCGCCGGGACCCCGUCGUGAGGCGGCGGCGGUGGCGGCGACCCCGCGAACGCUGCGGGGCGGCAGCGGCUCGGAGGCGGACGCGUGACGGCCAACGAGGAUGCGGAUAGCGAUGUGGCCGACCGGGACCGGGCGGAGCAGGGCAGCCGCCGCAAGCUCCGCGUCGUGGAGGUGCUUCGCCCUGGCCGCGGCACUCCUCGUCGCGCAGGUGCUGCCGCCCGCCGGGGCCAUCGCUUGGCUGGUGCUGAGGCACGCCCCGCUCAGCGGCUGGAGCGGCUCGUCCUGCGCGGUGCGCGGCCGCUGGGGUCUGUCCGCGCGCCAGGCCGCGCUCUGCCGCGGCGCCCUGGACGCCAUGCCGCAGCUGGCGCGCGCCGCGCAGCUCACCGUCACCACCUGCAGGCAGCUGUUCGCCGACCGCCGCUGGAACUGCUCGUCGCUCGAGAACGCCCCCGCGCUCAGCCCCGACCUCUACACGGGCACCCGCGAGCAGGCCUACGUGUACGCGCUGAGCUCCGCGGCCGUGACCUACUCGCUGGCGCGGGCGUGCGCCCAGGGCGCGCUGCCGCACUGCUCGUGCGCGGGUCCGCCCCGGGACCCGCCCAACGGCAACUUCAAGUGGGGCGGCUGCGGCGACAAUGUCCGCUACGGCGCCGCCCUGGCCAGGCAGUUCGCCGACGCAGCCGAGCGCCGCGGCGGCAAGACGACGCAGCAGCGGCGGCGCCAGCAUCACGGCGGCGGCGAGCGGCGGCGGCACUGGGCGCUGCCGCCCACCCCCGCCGUCACCUCCAGCAAGCGCCGCAAGAGCGUCGACGGCGACGGCGAGCAGGAGCGUGCCGAGGAGCAAGGCCACCUGGACAGGGGCAGCGCGGGCGGGCGCCGCCGCCGCCUUGGCAGAGCGAGGGCGCACCUCGCCCUCGUCAACCUCCACAACAACCGCGCGGGGCGCAGGGCCGUGGAGUCGAGCGAGGUGACGCAGUGCAAGUGUCACGGCGUGUCGGGGUCGUGCAACAUCAAGACCUGCUGGCGCGCGCUGCCGCGCUUGGCCGACAUCGGCCUUCGUCUUCAACGCCGUUUCGCCGCCGCCGUCGAGGUGGUGUCCCGGCGCACCGUCCCCGCCGGCGUGGGGCGUCGCCUGGUGCCUGCCCAGGCGCCCGCGCCUGCGCCCGCCGUGCGGACCUACUCGCAGGACGACCUCAUCUUCCUCGCCAAGAGCCCCGACUACUGCCUGCCCGACCCGCGCACCGGCAGCCACGGCACCCACGGCAGGGCCUGCAACGCCAGCUCGACCGGCUUCGACGGCUGCGACAACAUGUGCUGCGGGCGCGGGUACAGGACGGUGGCCGUCGAGAACGUGGAGCGGUGCCAGUGCAAGUACUACUGGUGCUGUUAUGUAAAAUGCAACACAUGUAAAUCCUGGGUGGAUGUGCAUGAAUGCCUGUAGUUGAGACAAAUUGCAGAACAGGCUUCAGUAAGACAAGUUAGAUAUGAUGUACAGUGACAUGUAAAUUGACUUUGUAAAUAUAUAUUGGAUAUACAUUAAUAUAUUAUAUCACAGAUAAAAUAAAUUGAUAUCUAUUUAUCCUAAA